CCUCGCGCUUCCUGUUGGCUCUGACGCUGGCACAAUGUGGUCUAAACUCCUCCCACUCUUCCUACAGGGAAGAACUGGAGGGAUCUGCUUUCUAAUUCCGCCCUUAUCAUUCCUUUUCUUUUGUCAGUCAACCCAAUAACACGCCGAAAAUAAAACAUCUGAGAAUCUAUGGCAUUCCAAAUACAAUUUGAAGUUCCUGUUCCAAUUCCUGUUGCAGUUCCUGUUCAAGUUGAACCAAGGAAAACAAAUCCAUUAAUACAAUACAUUAUUGACAAAAACCUGAAGAAAUUGAAGAAACUAGUUAGAGGGGUAAAUAUUAAUGGACUGUACCCUUCUGCAACCUGGAAUGAUGAUGUUUCCCUGCUGACAGCAGCAGCUGUAUGUGGGAAUGAAGAGAUUUGUAACUUUCUACUGGGAGAAAAUGCUGAUCCAAACAUACUGUCCACAAAUGGCCUAACAUCUCUGCACUAUGCUGUAGAUACACCAGGAGUUCCACUGACUAUUGUGAGAAGAUUAAUAGCUGCAAAAGCUAAUCCAAAUGGUCAUCAACAACAACCUUUUACACCAUUACAGUUUGCUGCCAGUAAGGACAGACUGGACAUGUUCAAAGCUCUUAUAGAAGCUGGUGCUGACCCUGAAAGAAAUUAUGGGGUACAUCUAGAAUUUGAUAAAAAAGUAGAGAGUCUUAUUAAUAAAUUACCUGCAGGAAAUGAAGUUGUAGAAAAGUGCAGAAUGUUUUUCAAUUUUACUGCUGCUGUUCCCAAAAAAUCUCAGCCAGAGGUUUUUAACUUCUGUAGGGAGUAUUUUCUUGAGGAACAUCCUUUUACGCAUCUUGCACUUUUUGAAAGAUAUUUUAAUGUUGUGGGAGCAGAAAAAUCAGCAGAACAAUAUCGACAAAGUAGCAUGAAGUGGUUGAAAUACUCCAAGAACACAGACAUCUACAUCAAGGGAUUUAUUGACCGCUUUCCCAGAAUUUCUCAUGAACAUAGGAUGUUGGCACUGAACAGCUUACAUGCUGUAAUUUGCAUGAUGAGAGAAAUAGCCCCUCAAAUGUUCAAUGCGAUCGUACCCAUUCUGGUUAAAAGUUUACUGCCCACUAGUACAGUGCAGGGAAAUGUGUCCAAUCGCCAAAUGCUAAGUAUUCUUUGUGUGACUAUGGACAGGUUCUCAAAGCAAAAACCUGCUGAUGGUCUUAACUUUGUUGUUCUUGAAGAGUUAUGCAAUGCACUUAUGCCUCUCACCACCACUAUCUGCUCAACUGAUGUCAGCAUUCUAACUUACCGUUUGCUUGCUGCUCUAUAUGAGUUUGUCCCAGAGCACAUUAAUUCACGUGGAUUAACCUCAGUGCCUGAUAGCGUUCUUCUUGCUGUAGAUAUCAGAACAGAUGAUGUAAUUAAAGAGAAACUGCGAAAACUGGACACAAAUCUCAGAUUUCCCCAAAGCUCCAGGACUCUAGAUAGCUUAGGUGAUGCAGCAGACAGCAUGCCAUCAAAGAAGAAAAAAAAGAAGAAGAAAAAAAAGAAGAAAGACAAUCAGCAAGAUACAAGCUCAAAAGAAGAAGAAGAAUCAAAACUUGAUUCAGAUACCGCAAAGACUUCAGUUGAGGAGUCACAUUUCACUGUGCGUCCAUUUGCAACAUACACUGAGGAUUCGCCUGUGCCAAGAAAAUGGCAUUCAAUCAGCCAUCGCUGGAAGCCCAAGCUAGAGAAACUAGCUACCAUGGAAGCAAGUAAGGUUUAUCGCCUGGGGAAUCUCACAAUUAGUGAUAGCCCUGAAUUCGAGAUAGCUAAAGGAAGUGAUGGAACACGGGUUUUUCUUGGCCUGAGAGAUGAUGGCACUGAGGUCGCUGUCAAACGAAUGCUUAAGUCCAAUUAUCAAGACCUCAAAAAUGAAGAGGAAUUUCUAAGGCUUCCUGAGCUUGAAAAUCCUUGUAUUGUGCGAUAUGUGGACUUUGCAGAGGAUGACAAAUUUGGAUAUCUUGUCCUUCAACUUUGUGAAUACACACUGGAGGAAUACAUCCAAGACCAUUUGCCAGAAGACAGUUGUCAGCAGCUACAGGUCCUGAAGAAAAUUGUAAAAGAAGUGCUCUGUAGCCUAAAAGUUCUUCACAGCCAAGAUACCAAAGUGCUUCAUCGAGACAUCAAACCUCAAAAUGUUCUGAUUGAUAUAACUGGAAAGGCGAGAUUAGCUGAUUUUGGCAUAAGUCGAAGACUGAAGUUGGGGGAGACGACUUGCCGCACUAAUGCUGCUGGAACAAAGUGCUGGAAAGCCAGCGAAACUGUUGAAGAGGACAAUAACAGUGGCUACAAGAGGAGUUCUGACAUUCAGGUUGCAGGAAUGUUAGUGUAUUACAUCCUCUCCCGCGGACAUCAUCCGUUUGGCAAAGGUGUCCGAUGUGAAGCUAAUAUUCUUGAUGGGAAGUUCUCUUUGGAACACCUGGAGGAUGAAAUGGCAAAGGAUCUAGUGGAGUGGAUGAUCAGUCAUGAGCCAAAGGACAGACCUAAUGUAGAGGAGACUCUUUGCCACCCAUUCUUUUGGAGAGAUGAAUGGAAAGUGGAGUAUUUAAAAAGGCUGGGGAAUGAAAAGGAUGUGGAGAACUGCCGUAACGCUGACCCGGACCUCCUUUCUGCUAUAGAGGAUAUUACAGCAGGGAAAAGCUUCUCAGACUGGAAAACAAAAUUGCCCUCUGAGCUUGUACAAAAAUUGGAUGGUAAGAAAAAGCCCUACCCGGAGAACACACUCGGCCUGCUGCGCUUCAUACGGAAUCUACAUGAGCAUUACCCUGAAGAUGCCGAGAAGUUAAAUUUGAUGACAUUAUUCCCUGACCUUUUUGGAAAUUCUUUCAAGUUUGCCAAAAAGAGAGGAUGGAACACCAGACCAAGUCUGAAAAAAUGGCUUCGCACAGUACCAGUGAUUUAUCAGGACUUAACUGGAUAGCAUGUACUACAUAUUCAAAAUUGUAACCAGUUUGUGUGACACCAGAAUUAUGAGAGAAUAUUCCAUGUUUAAAAUGAUCAGGUAUGAGUUUUCUGUGGAGUGAUCAAAUGUGUCAGUGCAUGAAGUGCACUCAAAUCUGUUCUAAAUAAGCACUAUGUGUAUAUCAUCAUAGUAUAAUUUAUGCUUGGGAUACCAGGGACAUGACCACUUUUAAAAUGCCCAAUGAUGUCUCCACUUUUUAAAAGUACUCUUUUAAAAAUUGUUUAUAUAAUAGUUCAUGGAAGAAGCCAUUCCAGACAAAUGUCCCUAAAGCCUCAUUUUGAAAGUGUAAGUUUCUCAGGGAAAUGUCUGUAAUAUUUGUAUGUGUCAUCUGUGAUAAAACUCUCAAGUCUGAACAGCUACAAAUGAACACAGGUCUAGCAGCUUAUUGUUUUUAUACCAACCCUAAUGAUUGUAAACAUUUGAUCACAUUAAUGAAUUGUUCAUUUAUUUAUAGAAAAGUACAGUCAUGAUACUGUCCUAUGAGAAUAUAAAAGUACGGCUUUAUCCCUGUGGCUGUGAUUACUACACCCCGGUUAAUCAGCUGGCACCAUUUUACUACCAGACUUUGGCUGUGUGACAUUCACAGAAUUUGAUUUUAAAGCACUCUGUUAGUUACUGCUUUUAGUUUGUUGUGUAGUUGUUGCUGUUUCAAUAGAUUCAUGAGCUGCUGUUUCAAACAUUCUAGCCAACUGAUGAUAAAAGCAAAAAAAAAAAAAAAAAAAAGCCAGCUCUAGGUGACGUUUUACAUGAGGUGGAUGCCUUCUUACAUGGAAAGAGAAAUAGGAAUGUAAUACUUAACUACCUGGCCCUCAUCCUUGUCCCCAGCAUUUUCUAAAAGUUGUUUUGAGUCGUUUUUCUGGCACAACUUCCAAAUUGGUAGUUGGUAUGGCGCUGGUGUCUGAUUUAUAGUUUUUGAGAUUUGGUGAUCCCAAGGUGUUAUCAACUUCUGCAAUUUUCUAACAUUAAUUCUUAGAGAAACAUUGACUGUUCCUUGGCUAAACAUUCUGUAUUCUCUGAUCAUUCCCCUUUUGAUAAAGUACUAAUGCUCUUUAUCAAUGCUCCUUUUAACAUGCCCUUAUGAAUGCAGAAGUCCUUAACACCCAUGACACAUAAGUGGGCACUUGCCAAACAAGGAGCAGAUUUUAAAAUAAGAAUGCAUUUGCCCUCAGUGAAGAUUGUUAUUUCAGUACAAAGUCAUAUUGUGAAUUCACUUUUUCAUUCACUCAGAACAAGAAAUGAAAUUGGGUAAUAUCAGAAUGAUUUCUGGGCAAGUUCUGGUCUAAAUCAGAACCUGCGUUGGCUAGAUAAGUCUAAACCUGCGUUGGCUAGAUCCCUUGCCCUCAUUUAACAAACUUCACUUAUGAAGUAAAGUGGCAUUGAGGAUUCCCUUAAGGGGAAAUGACAAGGGCAAGUCAAACAGGGCAUGUUUUUUUUUUUUUUGUUUUUUUUUAAAGAUGAAUAGAUUUAGCCUGUCAUAUUUAUACCCUUGUGAAACAGAAAGUCAUGGAUGACUAUUUCCAAAAGACUUAACUGAAAAAUAAAAAGGAAUACAGUAAAAUAUAAAUGGGAAUAUACGUUAAUUUUAUACCAGAAUUUGUUUACAGGAAUUUCUAGGGGUGCCAUUAAUUGUGAAACAUGUUUUGUUAAAUGUGUCUUUUUGAUACAGUUUAGAAUCAUUUAAUUUGAAUAAAAACAGUUUUGCUUGUAAACGUCAAAAUCAUUAAAUGCAUUCGAUAACUGAAAGGCUUCUUACUUAUGUUAUUAGAUAAUGUUUUUUAUUCAAGAUUUCCUGUUUCAAACUUUUCUAUUACUCCUUUUUGAAUUUUUGAAAAAUCUGAAUUUUACCCAAAUUAAACUACUUUCUUUAUUUAAA